AUGCCUGGAAUAUUUUUCCGUCCUAAUGCAAUAUUUUCUUUUUUUCGUGUCAAUUUUCGUGUCUCAGCUAGUGUUAAUGACAAAGGGAAUAAAUUUGUAGCUCCUCAUAAUCAAAACCUCACCGCAAUUGGUGCAUUGAUCUUUGCAGCGUUAAUGCUUUUUGCUGGUUGGUUCCAUUAUCACAAAGCUGCUCCAAAAUUGACUUGGUUCCAAGAUGUAGAAUCCAUGUUGAACCACCAUUUAGCAGGGUUACUAGGACUUGGCUCUCUAUCUUGGGCAGGACACCAAAUACACGUUUCUUUACCUAUUAAUCAACUCUUAGAUGCUGGAGUGGACCCUAAAGAGAUACCACUUCCUCAUGAGUUUAUUUUAAAUCGUGAGCUUUUAGCUCAACUUUAUCCCAGUUUCGCUAAGGGAUUGACCCCAUUUUUCACCCUGAAUUGGUCGGAAUAUUCAGAUUUUUUGACUUUUCGCGGAGGACUCAACCCAGUAACGGGGGGUCUGUGGCUGACCGAUACUGCACACCACCAUUUGGCUAUUGCAGUUCUUUUUCUAAUCGCUGGUCAUAUGUAUAGAACCAAUUGGGUUAUUGGUCAUAACCUCAAGGAUAUUUUGGAAGCUCAUAAAGGUCCAUUUACAGGGGAAGGACAUAAAGGUCUUUACGAGAUCUUAACUACUUCAUGGCAUGCUCAAUUAGCUCUUAACCUAGCUAUGUUAGGGUCUUUAACUAUUGUCGUAGCUCACCAUAUGUAUUCUAUGCCUCCCUAUCCAUAUCUAGCUACUGACUAUGGUACCCAACUGUCUCUGUUCACGCACCAUAUGUGGAUUGGUGGAUUUCUCAUAGUUGGCGCUGCUGCACAUGCAGCUAUUUUUAUGGUAAGAGACUAUGAUCCGACUACUCAAUACAACAAUAUUUUAGACCGUGUUCUGAGACAUCGUGAUGCAAUCAUAUCACACCUCAACUGGGCAUGUAUUUUCUUAGGUUUCCAUAGUUUUGGUCUAUAUAUUCAUAAUGAUACUAUGAGUGCUUUAGGACGUCCUAAAGAUAUGUUUUCAGAUACUGCUAUACAAUUACAACCUAUCUUUGCUCAAUGGGUACAAAACACUCAUGCUUUAGCACCCAGUUUGACAGCUCCUGAUGCAACAGCAAGCACCAGCUUAACCUGGGGAGGCGGCGAUUUGGUAGCAGUAGGUGCCAAAGUGGCUUUGUUACCUAUUCCAUUAGGAACUGCGGAUUUUUUAGUACACCAUAUUCAUGCAUUUACUAUCCAUGUGACUGUAUUAAUAUUACUGAAAGGUGUUUUAUUUGCUCGCAGUUCUCGUUUAAUACCCGAUAAAGCGAAUCUUGGUUUUCGUUUUCCUUGCGAUGGGCCUGGUAGAGGAGGAACAUGUCAAGUAUCUGCCUGGGAUCAUGUCUUCCUAGGAUUAUUCUGGAUGUACAAUGCAAUUUCGGUAGUAAUAUUUCAUUUUAGUUGGAAAAUGCAGUCUGACGUUUGGGGUAGUAUAAGUGAUCAGGGAGUGGUAACUCAUAUUACAGGAGGAAACUUUGCACAGAGUUCCAUUACAAUUAACGGGUGGCUUCGUGACUUUCUAUGGGCACAAGCUUCUCAAGUAAUCCAAUCUUACGGUUCUUCAUUAUUUGCCUAUGGCCUUUUAUUCUUAGGUGCUCAUUUCGUUUGGGCCUUUAGUUUAAUGUUCCUAUUUAGUGGCCGUGGAUAUUGGCAAGAACUUAUUGAAUCUAUUGUUUGGGCUCAUAAUAAAUUAAAAGUUGCUCCUGCUAUCCAGCCAAGAGCCUUGAGUAUUGUCCAAGGACGUGCUGUAGGAGUAGCUCAUUACCUUCUGGGUGGAAUCGUCACAACAUGGGCGUUCUUCCUAGCAAGAAUUAUUGCAGUAGGAUAA